CAUUAUUCCCCUGUUCUUAGUCUCAGAAAAGAGCAAGGACCGCACAUACUAUUAUAAAACCUUCAACAGCAGCCCCAUUUUCGUCUGCAACAAAUCAAGCUCAACACAAUGCACAAGAGUGCUUCAGGUUCGACUUUGGGCCCCGGGGGCUUGGACCUAACCCAGGCCUUCUUCAAGCCCAUCAUCAACGCCGCCCCUCCCUCUCCCACCAAGCGCCACAACAAGAUCUCCGUCAUCGGCACCGGCAACGUCGGAAUGGCCAUUGCCCAGACCAUCCUCACCCAGGACCUCGCCGACGAGCUCGUCCUCGUCGACAACAAACCCGACAAGCUCCGCGGCGAGAUGCUCGACCUCCAGCACGCCGCCGCCUUCCUCCCCCGCACCAAGAUCGUCGCCUCCGUCGACUACUCCGUCACCGCAGGCUCCGAUCUCUGCAUCGUCACCGCAGGGGCACGGCAGAUCGCCGACGAGUCCAGGCUGAACCUGCUUCAGAGGAAUGUUUCCCUGUUCAAGAGCAUCAUACCCCUUCUUGCUCGUAACUCUCCUGACUCUGUUCUUCUCAUCGUUUCAAAUCCCGUGGACGUGCUCACCUACGUAGCUUGGAAGCUCUCCGGGUUUCCCUCUAACCGGGUCAUCGGGUCGGGCACUAACUUGGACUCCUCUCGCUUCCGUUUCCUUAUCGCUGAUCAUCUCGACGUCAACGCUCAGGACGUCCAGGCUUAUAUAGUAGGGGAACAUGGGGAUAGCUCGGUGGCACUGUGGUCUAGUAUAAGCAUUGGGGGUGUUCCGGUGCUGAGCUUUUUGGAGAAUCAACAGAUUGCGUAUGAGAAAGAAACGCUGGAGAAUAUACACAAGCAAGUGGUAAACGGUGCUUAUGAAGUAAUUAGUCUGAAAGGGUACACUUCUUGGGCCAUUGGAUACUCGGUGGCUAGCUUGGCCCGAUCCAUUAUCAGGGACCAAAGGAAGAUCCACCCUGUGUCUGUUCUUGCAAAGGGCUUUUAUGGCAUUGGUGAUGGUGAAGUGUUCCUGAGCUUGCCGGCACAGCUUGGUAGAGGAGGGGUGCUGGGUGUAACCAAUGUGCACUUGAACCAAGAGGAGGCGCAAAGGCUCAGGGACUCGGCCAUGACCAUCCUGGAGGUGCAGGCUCAGUUGGGUAUUUGAAUUUUCUAUGAUGAAGUCACUUCGAUGAUGCACCUUUUGCAUUAACUGGUUAAUUUUCUUACGGUUUUUUGUUUCCAUCGUUAUAUGGUUCGGUCUAAAUUAUUACUUGUUAGUUGUUACUAUUAAUCCUUGCAGUGCAUCUGUUUUGUUGCUUCUGAAAUGCUGGUCUAAUCCGGUAAUAUAUUACGGGAAAAACUACUCUUAUGCAAUAUAAGAGUAGUUUUAUCUCCUAUGCACCCAUCAAAAGCUGUGACACUUUUUUUUUUAGAUGGCAGACUCCAUCAUAUGUAUCUCUACGACGUGAGAGAAGAUCUCUCAUGUAACAUAAGAUUAAAUGAACUCAUA